CUGCGGUGUGGAACUGUCGAGGACUGGGUGGGCCCUCGACGGUUUCCCAAAUCAAAGAGAUUUUUAGAUCUCACCACCCCCAUUUCUUUUUUCUUUCCGAAACCAGAAACUCUUCUUUUUUUGUUAAGUCUGUUGCUAAAAAACUGGGUUUUGUAGAUAGACAUGCUUUGGUGGAUCCGGUUGGUUUGAGUGGUGGCCUCUUACUCUUAUGGUCUCCUGAAAUUGUUAUUGUUCAAUUGAUUACUAACUCUUGCUUCAUUGCGGUGGAAUUCUCUAUGGCCAACGGAGAAGUUAGCUGGGCUAUUUUUGUCUACCUCAGUGCUUGUGCCUCAACUCGCAUUGACCAAUGGAAGCUUCUGGAAGAUGAAAAACACAAGUGGAAAGACAAAUGGUUCAUCAUAGGUGAUUGGAACGACAUUCGUUCUAAUUCUAAAAAACUUGGUGGCUCUCUAAGGAAUGGCAGAAGUCUUGCAGGAUUCAACAACUUUAUCAACUCUAUGGUCAUGGAAGAAAUCAAAAUGACUGGAUGCAAAUUCACUUGGUGCAAUCACCGCUCUUCUGAAGGCCUUAUCCAAGAAAAGCUUGAUAGAGGAUUCGGAUCCUUAGAUUGGCUUCAGAAUUUCCCAAAUGCUUCUACUCUUUCUGUCUCUCGAAGUGCAUCUGACCAUUCCUUAUUACUUCGUAACACUGGGACCCUCCUUCACAAAGCCCCUCGCAGAUUCCAUUUUGACAAACGUUGGCUGUUGAAGGAUGAGGUAUUUGAUAUUGUGAACGCUGUCUGGAGCCAUAAUCAAACAGGUACUCCUUUUUUUCAAUUAAAGGAAAAGAUUAAACUCACCAAAAUCGCCCUCAUCAAAUGGAGUGCCAAAUUUAAGACCGAUAAUCAGUCUAAGAUUGAGCAUCUUAACUCAAAACUAGAGCUGUUGAGAAAUUCUGAUUUGGCCAGCAACUGGGAGGACUGGGUUUCUACCAAAGCUGAUCUGGACCAAGCUUAUCACUCUGAGGAAUUGGAAUGCACUUCUCAGCAGGAUAUUCAAAAUCACAUUACAAGCUUCUAUGCUAACUUGUUUUCUUCUGAAGGCUCCUGGGGUGGGGACAGUAUUCUCCAUCUUAUUCAACUCUCAAUAUCCUCGGACAUGAAUCAAGAUCUCCUCAAGCCUUUUCUGGAGGAGGAAAUUAAAGAUGCACUGUUCA